AUGAGAGAGAGUAGCCAUAGACCUCUCAUAUUUGGAACCCCUUUCCUGUCUACUGUGGGUGCCAUAUUUGAUUUCCCCAAUCAAAGAAUCUCUUUCAACAAGGUGAACAAGGGUAUGUUCUUCCCUAUGUGUUCAACAAAGAACUCUUUUGUUGACAUGGUCCAAGAGGAGAAAGUUACUUUGAAGCCACCCCAAGAAGGAGAAACUGAAGAAACAAUCAAGGAAGAUCCCAUUCCUAAGCCCAAGCAGCUUGCCAAACAAGCAAGGAGUAAGACUAAGGCCCCUACACCAAAACCGCCCAAGGGAUCACCAAGAUUGAAGAUGAGGCCAAGCCAAGAAGAAGGCAUUUGUGCCAAGGGACAUUCAUGGAGAGAUUGUCUAUCCAGCUGUGAAUCACCCACCAGAUACUCAUUGCAAGGAGAAAAGACUUGGAGGAUCAAAGAUGCCUCUUGUCUCCAUCUUCUCCUGAGCGCCAAGCCUUACAGUCAAGCUAAAGACUUAAAACAAGCGCUGCAUGGGAGGCAACCCAUGAGGAUAGAAGGAGAAAAAGGUGUGAAAACACAAUCCGCGCCAAACCAUUGGCCGCGGACGCGCAAAGAAAUUUGGCCGAGCAAUUCCAAUCGGGCCGACCGUCCGGUCGAGCCGGGAAGGAACGGCUAUGCUCGGCCGGAUUUCUAUCGCGCGACAAAACCGUCGCGCGGCACGAACGGGAGAAGAACAGGCCGCGAUCGGCCGGAUUACGUAUCGGAACGGACCGACCGUACGGUCGAUCCGGGAAACAAACGAUCGGCCUCGGCCGAAAUUUCUCGUCCAUUCGCAGAUUUGGCCGACCAAAUCGCACGACCGCGACAAAAUCCAUCGGCCAUCGGCCAAACUUUUCUCGGCCAAGAACAUGUGGAGAGUCCAAGAGGAGAAGAUGAUUGGGCACUUGUAAGCUUUGUUGGAGAACAAAUCCAAGACCCAAGAAAGUGCAAGAAGGCAAUGGAGAAGAGUGUAGUGAGUACUCAACUCACCAAGGAGUUCCUCUCCACAGUAGCUCUUGCCUUUCCCAACCACAAUGGAGACCAACCAGCUGGUGAUGGACUCCUACUCUUCAAGAUAGGCGAUGCCAAUGGGCGCAUCUCCAUCUCAGCUCUAUGCCAACUCUUUGGACUUCCCAAUGAGACAGCACAUGACUUCAAGGAGAACUCAAAGAGGAAACAAGCUGCCUUUGCUGAUUGGACACACUUUGCCAAUGAACCAUUCUUGCCUUCAAGAUCAAAGGUGUCUAGAAUCACUCAUCCAGCCAUUCGCUAUGUGCACCGCCUCAUCUCCACCACUUUCCAAUGCAAACAAGAAGCCAACAAGGUCACAACUGAUGAGUUCUACAUCCUCACCACACCAUUCAUCAAGCAUGAGUACAAGGCCAACCUUGGCCUUUUACUUGCCAAGACAUUUAUCAAUUUUUGCUAUGAGUUUCCAAUUGGUCCAACCAACACUUCCCUUGUCUUGCUGCCACAUGAAGAUAUCCCAAGCCUACGCUCAGGUGUUGUCACUUUCCAGCCCAAGGAGGAAGACUUCUAUGUUCCAUCAAGUGAGAAACCAUCAUUCCCCAUCCUCACCUAUCGCACACUUCAGCGCACAGUCAAAGCUCAACGCCGCCACCAAGAACGCCAUGUUCUCACACUGGCAUGGCCGCACCAAGCUCUAGACCGUGUGAGCAAGCUGGAGAAGAUCGUGGAGUGCCAAUCUCGCUUCAUCUCACGCCUAGUUCGUGUAGUUCGCCACAUUGCACCGGAGAGACUCUUUCGCCCUUCUUCCACCGCUAGAGAGCCAUAUGAGCCUGACCUUGGUGAGUUCUCACUAGACUCAGAGCUUGGUUCAGAAGGCGAUGACCCCAUAGAUGAGGAAGAGAGUUCUUCUCACUGCCACACAUAG